AUGCCGGUGAAUGGACCUCUACCAGAGCAAAUCGAAAAAUUACCAAUUACUCCUCCAGAGAUAGCCGAGAACUUUGACCCAAAGUUGUUCAAAACCGAUCACCGGACUAUCAGCAAAGCCCUCCACGUGCUUGCGACUGAAAGGCUAGCGCUGGAACACCUCGAAGAACUCUAUAGGAACUCUGCAGAAGCCCAGGAGUCGUUGUCACGUGCUAUCAAUCAGAUCAUUCGCGCUGAAACCCGGCAUGGCAAGACCAUCUUCAUCGGCGUGGGCAAGUCGGGUCAUAUCGCCAAAAAGCUGGUCGCAACGUUUGUGUCGUUAGGGAUCCACGCGCAAUUCCUGCAUCCCAUCGAGGCUCUCCAUGGUGAUUUGGGAGUCGUACGACCAAAUGAUACCGUUGUGAUGAUCACAUUUUCAGGACGAACCCCUGAACUCAUGUCCCUGCUGCCACACAUCCAACCAGGAAUUCCCCUGGUUAUCAUGAGCGGCCAUCUCAGCCAAACCACCUGCCCUCUUCUCACACACCCUGCACGACGAAAUGCCAUCAACAUCUUACUUCCGACCAUGAUCCACGAAUCUGAAAUUUCCUCAUUUGGCGUCUCUGCUCCUACGACAUCGACAACCAUCACACUGGCACUGGGCGAUAGCCUUGCCCUCUCCGUCGCGGAUGAGCUUCAUACGGCAGCUGGUCUGCAGACGCCAGCAAUUUUCGCGGCAAAUCACCCUGGUGGUGCCAUCGGUGCAGCGCUGAAGCCGCCAUCCGCACCACCCACCCCGACUCCGCGCAUGGCGGAUCUCGCGACAGUCGUCGACCAAGUCCCGAUUGCCUCGGCCCGUCCAGGACUCCCCCUGAUGUGCUACGACAUCCUGAUCGCGGCAGUCCGCUCACCGCGGGGCUACGUGCGCACCUCACCGAACCACAUCAUCAGCCCGCGCCGGAUACAACGGCUUCAACACCUGGAGCAGCCCGUCGCCGAUCUCCAGGACGACAUGGGCAACCUCGAAGUCGAGAAGACAGACUGGAUCUCCGUGCUCGGCUCCAGCACCGUCGAAGAGUGCAAGCAAUGGAUCCUGCAGAUGCGUGGGGCGGCGUCGAAUGGUCGGGGCAAAAGUUUCCUGCGUCGAGGCACGUUGCUUGGAAUCGUCGACCACAAUGAAGUCACAGGCAUUGUCGAGAUUGAAGACGUCAUGGGCGAGGAUUUUGUAUGA